CUUGUCGGCAUGCGACCCACGCGGCCGAGGCAGAACCGGUUCGUCCACAUUCGGGUGGAGGAGUCAGCCACGGCUGAAGUCGUCGCAGCUGUUACCGCUGCGUCGCUUGACACGACUCUGACAUUACAGUCGAGGUGGUUGUAGCGCCACACACACACAAGGUAGACAGAGGCAGACUUGAGAACACGUUUAAAGCGAUCGUUCGUUUCCCGCCUGGUUCGUCGGCCACGACUUCUCGAGAGAAAUGACGGCGAGAGGUGCCGGGGCUCCGCUCUGCGUGCCGCUCCUCCUCCUUCUCCUCGCCGCCGCCGCGAUCCCCUCGGCUCGCUCAGCCUGCGCACCCGACAGGUUCGAGUGCUCGGACCUCGUGUGCGUCCCGCUCACGGCGCAGUGCGAUGGGGAAUACGAUUGUGCGGACUCGUCGGACGAGGCUUCGUGUCCCUGCACCUCCAACAGCUCGUUCAGCUGCUCGCCCGGCCACGUGAACGCGACGUGCUUACACCCCAAGUUGGUGUGCAACGGCAUGCCGGAUUGCGCCGAUUCCUCCGACGAAGCGCGCUGCAACUGCACGGGGGAUGUGUUCCGAUGCUCGUCGUCGGAGUGCUGGCCGGCGGAGAGGCGCUGCGACGGCGUCGCGGACUGCGCGGACGCCUCGGACGAGCUGGGCUGCCCGUGCCCGCGUGGCACCGUCGCCUGCACGAACGGCUCCUGCCUCCCCGCGUCGCUCGCGUGCAACGGCGUCGACGACUGCGGCGACCGCAGCGACGAGGCCAACUGCAGCUGUGGAGCGGACGAGUUCCGCUGCGGAGGCGGCAGCGGCGGGCAGUGCGUCCCGUCGCGCGAGCGCUGCGACGGGCACGCGGACUGCGUCGACGGUUCGGACGAGCGGGACUGCGCCGAGUGUGCGCCCGGCGCGUUCGCCUGCGCCAACGCGGUGUGCACCUCCUCGGCGUUCGCGUGCGACGGGGUCGACGACUGCGGAGACGACAGCGACGAGAGGAACUGCAGCUGCGUGCUGGGGGAGUUCACAUGCGGAGGAGCAGGAGGCCUGUGCAUCCCAAAUCUCUACGUUUGCGACGGAGACACGGACUGCCCGGACGGCUCGGACGAGAUCUGCGCACAGUGUCCACGCGACUCGUUCACCUGUGGCAACGGGGCCUGCACCUCCCCCUCGUUCGUGUGCGACGGAGCCGACGACUGCGGGGACUACAGCGACGAGCAGAACUGCAGCUGUGUGAUUGGGGAGUUCAGCUGCGGAGGAGGCCAGUGCAUUCCAUCUCUCUACCGCUGUGACGGAGACGCGGACUGCCUAGAUGGCUCGGACGAGAUCUGCGCGCAGUGUCCACGCGACUCAUUCACUUGCGGCAACGGGGCCUGCAUCUCCCCCUCGUUCGUGUGCGACGGGGCUGACGACUGCGGGGACUACAGCGACGAGCAGAACUGCAGCUGCGUGCUGGGGGAGUUCUCCUGCGGAGGAGCAGGAGGCCUGUGCAUCCCAAAUCUCUACGUUUGCGACGGAGACACAGACUGCCCGGACGGCUCGGACGAGAUCUGCGCGCAGUGUCCACGCGACUCGUUCACCUGUGGCAACGGGGCCUGCACCUCCCCCUCGUUCGUGUGCGACGGAGCCGACGACUGCGGGGACUACAGCGACGAGCAGAACUGCAGCUGUGUGAUUGGGGAGUUCAGCUGUGGAGGAGGCCAGUGCAUCCCAUCUCUCUACCGCUGUGACGGAGACGCGGACUGCCCAGACGGCUCGGACGAGAGCCGCUGCACCGAUUGUCCACUCGACUCCUUCCAGUGCGGCAACGGGGCCUGCACCUCCCCCGCGUUCGUGUGCGAUGGAGCUGAUGAUUGUGGAGACUACAGCGACGAGCAGAACUGCAGCUGCGUGCUGGGGGAGUUCAGCUGCAGAUCAGGAGGCCUGUGCAUCCCAUCUCUCUACCGCUGUGACGGAGACACGGACUGCCCGGACGGCUCGGACGAGAGCCGCUGCACCGAUUGUCCACCCGACUCCUUCCAGUGCGGCAACGGGGCCUGCACCUCCCACUCGUUCGUGUGCGAUGGAGCUGACGACUGUGGGGACUACAGCGAUGAGCAGAACUGCAGCUGUGUGAUUGGGGAGUUCAGCUGUGGAGGAGGCCAGUGCAUCCCAUCUCUCUACCGCUGUGACGGAGACACAGACUGCCCAGACGGCUCGGACGAGAGCCGCUGCACCGAUUGUCCACUCGACUCCUUCCAGUGUGGCAACGGGGCCUGCACCUCCCCCGCGUUCGUGUGCGAUGGAGCUGAUGAUUGUGGAGACUACAGUGACGAGCAGAACUGCAGCUGCGUGCUGGGGGAGUUCAGCUGCAGAUCAGGAGGCCUGUGCAUCCCGUCUCUCUACCGCUGUGACGGAGACUCGGACUGCCCAGACGGCUCGGAUGAGGGCCACUGCACCGAUUGUCCACUCGACUCCUUCCAGUGCGGAAACGGGGCCUGCACCUCCCCCUCGUUCGUGUGCGAUGGAGCUGACGACUGUGGAGACUACAGCGACGAGCAGAACUGCAGCUGUGUGAUUGGGGAGUUCAGCUGUGGAGGAGGCCAGUGCAUCCCAUCUCUCUACCGCUGUGACGGAGACGCGGACUGCCCAGACGGCUCGGACGAGAGCCGCUGCACCGAUUGUCCACCCGACUCCUUCCAGUGUGGCAAUGGGGCCUGCACCUCCCCCUCGUUCGUGUGCGAUGGAGCUGACGACUGUGGAGACUACAGCGACGAGCAGAACUGCAGCUGUGCGAAUGGAGAGUUCAGCUGUGGAGGAGGCCAGUGCAUCCCAUCUCUAUACCGCUGUGACGGAGACGCGGACUGCCCAGACGGCUCGGACGAGAGCCGCUGCACCGAUUGUCCACUCGACUCCUUCCAGUGUGGCAACGGGGCCUGCACCUCCCCCUCGUUCGUGUGCGAUGGAGCUGACGACUGUGGAGACUACAGCGAUGAGCAGAACUGCAGCUGUGGAACGGAUGAGUUCCGCUGUGGAGGAGGCGAGUGCAUCCCAUCCAUCUACCGCUGUGACGGAGACGUGGACUGCCCGGACGGCUCGGACGAGACGAGGUGCACCGAUUGUCCACCCAACUCGUUCACCUGCGGCAACGGGGCCUGCACCUCCCUCUCGUUCGUGUGCGACGGGGCCGACGACUGUGGGGACUACAGCGACGAGCAGAACUGCAGCUGCGGCAACGACGAGUUCCGUUGUGGCUCGGGAGAGUGUGUGCAGCUGAUAUAUCGCUGUGACGGAGACACGGACUGCCCAGACGGCUCGGACGAGAGCCGCUGUACCGAUUGUCCACCCGACUUCUUCCAGUGCGGCAACGGGGCUUGCACCUCCCCCUCGUUCGUGUGCGAUGGAGCUGACGACUGUGGAGACUACAGUGACGAGCAGAACUGCAGCUGUGGAGCGGAUGAGUUCCGCUGCAGAGGAGGUGAGUGCAUCCCAUCCGACUACCGCUGUGACGGAGACUCGGACUGCCCAGACGGCUCGGACGAGAGCCGCUGUACCGAUUGUCCACAUGACUCCUUCCAGUGCGGCAAUGGGGCCUGCACCUCCCCCUCAUUUGUGUGCGAUGGUGCUGAUGACUGUGGAGACUACAGCGACGAGCAGAACUGCAGCUGUGGAGCGGAUGAGUUCCGCUGCGGAGGAGGUGAGUGCAUCCCAUCCGGCUACCGCUGUGACGGAGACUCGGACUGCCCAGACGGCUCGGACGAGGGCCGCUGCACCGAUUGUCCACCCGACUCCUUCCAGUGCGGCAACGGAGCCUGCACCUCCCCCUCGUUCGUGUGCGAUGGAGCUGACGACUGCGGGGACUACAGCGAUGAGCAGAACUGCAGCUGUGGAGCGGAUGAGUUCCGCUGCGGAGGAGGUGAGUGCAUCCCAUCCGGCUACCGCUGUGACGGAGACUCGGACUGCCCAGACGGCUCGGACGAGGGCCGCUGCACCGAUUGUCCACCCGACUCCUUCCAGUGCGGCAACGGGGCCUGCACCUCCCCCUCGUUCGUGUGCGAUGGAGCCGACGACUGUGGAGACUACAGCGACGAGCAGAACUGCAGCUGUGGAGCGGAUGAGUUCCGCUGCAGAGGAGGUGAGUGCAUCCCAUCCGGCUACCGCUGUGAUGGAGACUCAGACUGCCCAGACGGCUCGGACGAGGGCCGCUGCACCGAUUGUCCACCCGACUCCUUCCAGUGCGGCAACGGGGCCUGCACCUCCCCCUCGUUCGUGUGCGAUGGAGCUGACGACUGUGGAGACUACAGCGACGAGCAGAACUGCAGCUGUGGAGCGGAUGAGUUCCGCUGCGGAGGAGGUGAGUGCAUCCCAUCCGGCUACCGCUGUGACGGAGACUCGGACUGCCCAGACGGCUCGGACGAGGGCCGCUGCACCGAUUGUCCACCCGACUCCUUCCAGUGCGGCAACGGGGCCUGCACCUCCCCCUCGUUCGUGUGCGAUGGAGCUGACGACUGUGGAGACUACAGCGACGAGCAGAACUGCAGCUGUGGAGCGGAUGAGUUCCGCUGCAGAGGAGGUGAGUGCAUCCCAUCCGGCUACCGCUGUGACGGAGACUCGGACUGCCCAGACGGCUCGGACGAGGGCCGCUGCACCGAUUGUCCACCCGACUCCUUCCAGUGCGGCAACGGGGCCUGCACCUCCCCCUCGUUCAUGUGCGAUGGAGCCGACGAUUGUGGAGAUUAUAGCGACGAGCAGAACUGCAGCUGUGGAGCGGAUGAAUUCCACUGCAGAGGAGGUGAGUGCAUCCCAUCCGGCUACCGCUGUGACGGAGACUCGGACUGCCCAGACGGCUCGGACGAGAGCCGCUGCACCGAUUGUCCACCCGACUCCUUCCAGUGCGGCAACGGGGCCUGCACCUCCCCCUCGUUCGUGUGCGAUGGAGCUGACGACUGUGGAGACUACAGCGACGAGCAGAAUUGCAGCUGUGGAACGGAUGAGUUCCACUGUGGAGGAGGCGAUUGCAUCCCAUCCAUCUACCGCUGUGACGGAGACACGGACUGCCUAGAUGGCUCGGACGAGAGCCGCUGCACCGAUUGUCCACUCGACUCCUUCCAGUGCGGCAAUGGGGCCUGCACCUCCCCCGCGUUCGUGUGCGAUGGAGCUGACGACUGUGGGGACUACAGCGACGAGCAGAACUGCAGCUGUGCGAUUGGGGAGUUCAGCUGCGGAGGAGGCCAAUGCAUCCCAUCUCUCUACCGCUGUGACGGAGACUCGGACUGCCCAGAUGGCUCGGACGAGGGCCGCUGCACCGACUGUGCACCCGACUCCUUCCAGUGCGGCAACGGGGCCUGCACCUCUCCCUCGUUCGUGUGCGAUGGAGCUGACGACUGUGGAGACUACAGCGACGAGCAGAACUGCAGCUGUGGAAUGGAUGAGUUCCGCUGUGGAGGAGGUCAGUGCAUCCCAUCCAUCUACCGCUGUGACGGAGAUGUGGACUGCCUGGACGGCUCGGACGAGACGAGGUGCACCGAUUGUCCACCCAACUCAUUCACCUGCGGCAACGGUGCCUGCACCUCCCUCUCGUUCGUGUGCGACGGGGCCGACGACUGUGGGGACUACAGCGAUGAGCAGAACUGCAGCUGUGCGAUUGGGGAGUUCAGCUGCGGAGGAGGCCAGUGCAUCCCAUCUCUCUACCGCUGUGACGGAGACGCGGACUGCCCAGACGGCUCGGACGAGAGCCGCUGCACCGAUUGUCCACUCGACUCCUUCCAGUGCGGCAACGGGGCCUGCACCUCCCCCUCGUUUGUGUGCGAUGGAGCCGACGACUGCGGGGACUACAGCGACGAGCAGAAUUGCAGCUGUGCAAUUGGGGAGUUCAGCUGCGGAGGAGGCCAGUGCAUCCCAUCUCUCUACCGCUGUGACGGAGACACGGACUGCCCAGACGGCUCGGACGAGAGCCGCUGCACCGAUUGUCCACCCAACUCCUUCCAGUGCGGCAACGGGGCCUGCACCUCCCCCUCGUUUGUGUGCGAUGGAGCUGAUGAUUGUGGAGACUACAGCGACGAGCAGAACUGCAGCUGUGCGAUUGGGGAGUUCAGCUGCGGAGGAGGCCAGUGCAUCCCAUCUCUCUACCGCUGUGACGGAGACACGGACUGCCCAGACGGCUCGGACGAGAGCCGCUGCACCGAUUGUCCACCCGACUCCUUCCAGUGCCGCAACGGGGCCUGCACCUCCCCCGUGUUCGUGUGCGAUGGAGCUGACGACUGUGGAGACUACAGCGACGAGCAGAACUGCAGCUGUGCGAUUGGGGAGUUGACCUGCGGAGGAGGCCAGUGCAUCCCAUCUCUCUACCGCUGUGAUGGAGACACGGACUGCCCAGACGGCUCGGACGAGGUCCGCUGCACCGAUUGUCCACCCGACUCCUUCCAGUGCGGCAACGGGGCCUGCACCUCCCUCGUGUUCAUGUGCGAUGGAGCUGACGACUGUGGAGAUUAUAGCGACGAGCAGAACUGCAGCUGUGCGAUUGGGGAGGUCAGCUGCGGAGGAGGCCAAUGCAUCCCGUCUCUCUACCGCUGUGACGGAGACGUGGACUGCCCAGAUGGUUCAGACGAGAGCCGCUGCUGUCCACCCGACUCCUUCCAGUGUUACAACGGGGCGUGUGCUCCACUGUCAGCUCUCUGCAAUGGGUCUAACGACUGUGGAGACUACAGUGACGAGGAGCUUUGCACUACGCAGAUGACAACUCAUCCCCCGACGGAAACAUCAGGCCCCAGCACUGCGGGCAUCACGGUCACGUCCGGCGUGUCAACCUCCUCCAGCGCGAGACCUCCGGACGCCAUCGUCAGCAAUGGCACCGCGCGUCCCGACACCGCGGCAACGUCCGUGACGGGGACGCAACCCAGCAACGGCACGCUCGGCGGCGUGAACUCGACGUUGCCCGGCAGCGGUGGUGGCGACGCAAGCUUCAGCACCACCACAACCCCCCGCACCACCACAAACACCAGCACCACCACAAACACCAGCAUCACUACAACCCCCAGCACCACCACAAACACCAGCUCCACCACAACCCCCCGCACCACCACCACAACCCCCAGCACCACCACCACAACCCUCAUCACCACCACAAUCCCCAGCACCACCACAAACUCCAGCACCACCACAAACUCCAGCACCAUCACAACCCCCAUCACCACCACAACCCCCAGCACCACCACCACAACCCUCAUCACCACCACAAUCCCCAGCACCACCACAAACUCCAGCACCACCACAAACUUCAGCACCAUCACAACCCCCAUCACCACCACAACCCCCAGCACCACCACCACAACCCCCAGCACCACCAGAACCCCCAUCACCACCACAAUCCCCAGCAGCACCACCACAAACUCCAGCACCACCACAACCCCCCGCACCACCACGACUGCCAGCACCACCACCACCACAACCACAAAUUCCAGCACCGCCACAACCCCUAGCAGCACGAGCUCUCAGUCGCCCAGCACCAGCGCGGGUGUCAUCAGCACCAGCACGCCGACAACGCCCCCCACAACCAGCGUUAAGAGCACCGGCUUUGACAGGUGCCUGCCCAACCCGUGCAACAACAGCGGGCAGUGCCAAAGCAACACCACCUUGCCGCUGUGCGACUGCGGGACCGCCUUCUUGGGAGAGUUUUGUGAAAUCAUCAAUUACUGCGACCAGCACCGGUGCCGUCACCGCGCCGAGUGUAUCAACAAGCCCAGCAACUACACCUGCGCGUGUCCCAUCGGCUUCCGCGGAGACUUAUGCCAAGAAGAAAUGAAAGUCUUCGAGUCGAAAACCAAGAUCGAGGAAGAAUUCGACAGCGAUUUGGAAAACGAAUCUUCGGAAAAAUUCAAAACAAUGAAAAAAAAACUGGAAACAUCGAUGAACAGUCACUUGAAGGUUGAGUUGAAGAGCGACAACGUGAAGGUGGUGGUGAAAUCCUUCAAGAAGGGCAGCAUCGUGGUGGACAGCAUCAUCGCGGUGGACAAUGUCGUAAACAUGACCAUGCAGACGGUGGAGAACGGCCUGAGAAACAUCCUGCUCGCCGUGGCCAACGACACGAAACUUCCCAUGAACGUCUCGUCCGUCGUGAUGUCCGACUACGACGAGUGCCAGAACUCGACGCUGAACGACUGCUCGCCGUUCGGGACGUGCACCAACACCGAGGGCUCCUUCAACUGCUCGUGCCUGCCCUUCUACGAGGACGUCUCCGCGUACUCUGUGGGAAGAGACUGCCUGGCGCCUCCACCCCCAUGGAACGUCAGCGUGUCGUUGCAAACGACGACGGAGCUUCACCUGAGCUGGCUGCACCCCAAUGGCUCUGUGGACGGCUUCAACUGCACGCUGACACUCGCAGGCAGUGGCAAUCCGGUGGUUGCCUGGAAGUCGCUGCCCGAUUCCGAGCUGCGCGUCAAUUUCUCGGGGCUGCUGCCCGGCGCCACGUACAGCUUCACGGUCCACAGCUACCGCGGCAACUUGACGGGCGAUGCCGUGCAGCUCAACGCCACGACCAAGCCCCUGACGGCGGUGAACGUUCACGCCAGCAAGACGUUCUCCUCCAUCACUGUCACGUGGGACGCUCCGAGCGGCAAGUUCGACUGGUUCACCCUGAGCGUGGCGUCCACCGACAACAACUCCUCCAUGGCGGAGUGGCGCGUCUUUAACACCAGCGACGGCACGGGGCUCAAGCAGCGGGUAGUGGGGCUGGUGUGGGGCAAGAGCUACAGCGUGGCGCUCUUCACCGUGAGCAACGGCGUCAAGAGCUCCGCCGCUUUCCCCACCAACUCCAACAACGGAGUUCUCUCCACGGAGAGCUGUCCGUCUGGAGGGUUGCCCGAUACGGAUUGCAGAGAUUUCAACCGGUAUGAAGCCACGCUGCGGAUCGACCGCGUGUUCGACAAAAACCUCGAGUCUCCGACGUCCAAAGAGUUUUCGGCACUCGCCGCAGAACUGAAGACCGAGCUGGACCGAGAGAUGUCUAAAAGGCUGAACUCCUACGUGGGCAUCAUCGUGAAGAGGUUCUGGAACGGGAGCGUUAACGCAGACCUGAAAAUCCUUCUGAGUCCUGGGAAUGUCUCGAGCUGGUCGGAAGUGGCCGACGCACUGUAUAACUCCACCAAAAGCUUCAUUAACAUCACCAUCCUCAACGUCAGCAUAACAGACGUGGACGAGUGUGCAGACAAGAACAGCUACUGCGACCCCAACGCCGACUGCAUUAACAUGAACGGCACCUUCUCCUGCACCUGCCGCCCUCCGUUCAUCAACUUGAUGAACACCUCCGCGGGGUUGAAUUGCAGCGACCCGUGCCUGGGCUACUGCUUCAACGGGGGGGUGUGCGAGGUGAACAACAACGCGCUCAAGUGCAGCUGCACGAGUGGGUACAGCGGAGCCAAAUGUGAAACCGAAGACGGAUACCUGGGCAAGGUGGUCGGCAUUCCCGUGGGCCUCUCUCUCGCCUGCCAUCGUGCUGGGCGUGCUGGGCUACCUGCUCUUCACCAAGACGCGCUUCGCCCGCAAGAAGCUCAACAUCACUGACCCCAAGCAGAGGCGCCACGUCGCCUCGGAAGUGCGUCUCACGGGGGUUUAUUCGAGUCUGGAAUAAGGAGGAUCGACUCGGCAUGGAUCCAGGCUCGGCUGCUCCACAUCCCAACCAACACGACCGCUAUCAGCGCUGGAUCCUUGAGAGAUCCAAUCCAGAGUUUCCAGGUGUCCCGUGUAGAACGUGGCCAUUGGGGGUAAUUGAAGGGUGUCCGGUGUAAAUGUUAACGCGGGAAUAAAAAUAAAAAUAGCUCGGCACAUCCGUCAAUAGCGAUGUGGCCUUAAAAAUAAAAAAAUAAAAAAAUAAUAAUGGGCGACGUUUUGGGAAUGGUCCCUUGUUCAGAGCACGGGUAAUGAGCUCGCUCACUGAAAGGAAGCUGCAAUCCCAAUUACAAUCAGAUCUUGUCGACGCGUACGAUGAUGCAACCUCGCGAGCGCUGUCCCAGGCUGUCCGACACGAUUUUGAAGCUCGUUUUAUCUAUAGAUACGUCGAAAAAAGAGGCUUUAAAAUGACGUCACCCCCUUGCCCCAUUAAUACGCGUGGGAGUGAUGUCGCCGCAGUGUCAUCAUAACGACACCCACCUGGCCAUAACUUUAGAGUUUUUUUGUUGUUGUUGUUGUUCUACCAUCGAUGAAGAUUCGCACUCUGCGAUGUCGGGUCGUGCCGCGCGCUGUUCUUGCGGCGCGAAGUCCGACGUUCCCCUCCGUCCGCUGUGGGGGCUCCAUCGGCAAGCGAAUUCGAUUCGGCGAGUGGAGGGAAACGUCGGACGUCGUGCCGAGCGGCACGCGGCACAAACCCCCGAAAACGCGAGCCGCGAAACUCCCACGCACGAGUGGCGGUGGUGGUGAGCGUCCGACUCUCGUGGUCCAGCCUGGGUGCGGCACGCACAUCUGAGCUGCUUGCUGAUUGGGUUUGUCUUACAUUGGGUAGCAGCGGUGAAACAGGCCACACACCGCUCCACGUUGCGUUGAGAUUCGUGUUGUUUGGCGCUCCUCGGAGCUCAGCAAUGCUGCAGUAUGAAGCCUGCUUACGGAAAUUACCUUCAUUGGCCGGAGAAAUGGGACGGUGAUGCCACCCUUCUGCAGAAAAAUAGACGAUUAAAUUUAGCCCAAUCUGCGUUCGCAGCCAGCACACAACAUUCAGUAUAUCUAUCGCCAUGGCUGCGGCUGUUAUCAUCACGUGCCACCCACUCCCGGAGCUCAUUGGUCACAGGUCAACGUGAUGUAACGGGCAGUGUCCACAUUGUCACUCUGUCAUCGAUUGAAAUCAAAACGUUCAGAGGCCGCUGCUGGACAGGAGUAAGGGGGGAAUGGGAGGAUAAUGGAUGAGGGGGGGGGGGGCAGGCAUUUUCCCAACAGUGCGAAGUUACAGGCUGACAACAAUAACAUCAACAAUAGCAACAGCAAUAACAACAGCAAUAACAACAGCAAUAACAAUAGCAAUAACAGCGGCAUGCCAUCGGUGAGCAUCAACCGCACACGUGAUGCUGCAACACCACGGGAAUGUUGGUAAAUCACGGUGGAAUAUUUUACUUUCGGGAAAUAAAAAAAUGGGCAUUUAUUGUUUGCAAUUUUACAUUUUAGACAAGAUUCGAACCGUGUCACGUUUGAGGGAUGCGUCGGUGGCAGUGGCGGCCGCGGUCAUCUCGGCCACGCGUCUCGGGAUAGCCACACGCCACACGCCGCGCGCGUUCCACCAGAGAGGCUCGACACGGCGGCGUCCGCUCCGCCGUUGCCAAUUGACUGACACCGCCACUCAGUGGAGCAAUGCGCGCCGCAGUCCGAGCAGCUCAGCCUGCAGGGUGUUCCUGCAGAACAGGUUGUGCCCGUGUAGCAAAUGAGAUGUCGCGGUGGGGGGGAGGGAAGAGAUUUUUGGGAAAGUGUUGGCCGGGCAUCUUGUUGCUCAGCGUAGUGGGUCCUCGCAACCGAGAGGGCGGUGGGCUUACACAGCAAGGCAGCGCGAAGAUUCUGCUUCGUGCCACUCCACUGCUGGACGAAGGCCUCCCCAGUCUGUAAGUGUUCACAGACACGUCUCUGAACAGCCAGCGUGUGCGAGUGAAGCUCAACGCGAUCCGUGAAAUGUCGUCUCGUGCCCCGUGUUUGUCGCGGUAUUUUGUGACCCCGUGGCUCGUUGGAAACGCCGAUCGACGGGCCCGUGCCGUGAGUGGAGGCGAGGGGGGCCUCGUGCCGUACCGGCAGGCUGCCUCUUCUCUCGCGGUGACCCUGAACCCCCCGAGACGUUGCUCUCGCAUGACCACGUGGGUCAUUGCAGGUUGAGCUGAGCUACCCGUUAAGCUGAAUUUGUUUCGCCACGUGACUGACAUUGUUGACAUUGUUGGAGGUGGCAAGCAAAGGCUGCUCGAUGUUUGUGAGCUACGGCGAAUGAACUUGAGAGGCGUUGUGGACAACCGCUUUGACCUGUGUAAUGUUUAAGGUACCCAUGCUAUAACUUCAUUUGGAAGACUUUUACAAGCCACAUUUGGUCCUGUGUUUUGGUGUCAUCUUCCCACGUGGCUGUACAAUGAUUGAAUGAUUCGAUUUUCUCAGCGUCAUAAUCAUCAUCUUACGUCAUGUUUAUACGUCACCUCCCGUGUCCAGUUGAUCUCGACACCAGGACAAAGGGCUAUUUGAGAUACUAACAAGAGAAUUGCUUGGUACGGUCGUGAUUGCAGACCGCUCAGUCAUCGUUCUCUCAACUCAACGCUUUGCGGCCAGUACGGCGCUGUGGGUUAUCGCGUUAUUUUUAGGACACCGCCCAAUUUCAUCAUCAGGGACUGCGAUGUGCUCAAGGCAAGGGCCUGCGCGUAACAUACUCUAAUACCCAUCGUUUACAGUCAACCCCUUGACUGCGCCGGAGUGAAUCUCGCGUGCCCCCCCCCCCCCCACAGAAUACAGUAGAUCUGCCCCCCCCCCACAGAAUAGAUCUGCCCCCCCCACACCCCCCUCCCCACAGAAUAGAUUUGCCCACGCCCCCCCCCCCCCCGUCCGCAGCACCUCGGACGCCCGGCAGGGUGGAGGUGGUUGCGUAACCGCGCACCGAAAUUCGGGCCCUGCGUCGUGUUUGAGCAGCUGCGGCGAAUAUUUACUUGGUGGCCUCGUCCGUCUGGGUGGUGCAAUAAAUCCAUAUUACGGGUUUUUUUUGGGAUUAGAUCGCGUAAACAUAUACAUGUGUCGUUAAACCCGCCACCACCCGACACGGCCAACUAGUAAGGGUUGUUACGUAAACAGAACAUGCACAAUUCGUUACGAGUACAGCACACCGGUGUGUUGGAGAGUAAGUCCACAACAUUUUCAAUCUGAGUACGAAGUUUCGCCAGUAAUGACAACGAGCAUCAUCAGGUGAACAGCCAGAUUUGUCCGCCUGGUGAUGCUAGUUGUAAUUACUGGUGAAAUGUCGUAUUCAGAUUGUAAAUGCUGUGGAUUGGUCUCCAACACACCGGCGUGCUGUACUAGUAACAAAUGGGCACGUUCUGUUUACGUGACAAACCUUACUAGUUGGCUGUCGAGUGGUGGCGGAUUUAACGACACAUUUAUAUAUUUAAUCUCCAAAAAGUUUUGAAAGCCUACCACGUGUUAACCUGGUGCAAUAAGUCUCGAGCCUUGUCUGGCUCACCACCACCCUGGCCCCCAAUCCUCCUCCUCCUCCCGUCUCGACCUCCACCCGCUCCUCCUCCUCCUCCUUGCGGGCUGGUCUGUUUGUAAUGGUGGUCAGGUGGGCACCGUGCGUCCAACGAAGUCAUUCAUCUCGGGGAGGUCGAGAGUCAGCGUGUGCCAGCACCUCCACACGGUCCACUUGUCAACAUCAUCCGCCCCCCUCCCCUGCCCCAGCACCCACCACAAAUUCCGUCUUUGUCUUCCUCUUGCCUUCCUACCUUGGGGGUUUUUCCCCAAUGAGGAGCCGUCGCGCCAGUGGGGGGGGGGGGGGGGGGGGGGGGGCUUCCCGUGAGCCUCGCUCCGCAAGUGUGCAGUAUCCCCCCUCGUACCUCCGUCUGACAAUACAAAGUCGCUCUCUGGAAUUCCGUUAUUUUUGGUAUUCCAUUAUUUUCCCGUGGAGUAUCGCGCAGUCUCCCGACUAUACAAGGCUCAAUUUAUCUGGCCUCUAUCUCAGUCUGCUAUGAAGAAGGACCCCUCCCCGAAACGUCGCCCAUUUACCCUCUCCAGGGCAACGCUAUUGACAAACGUGUUGACUCUUUGUUAUUUGUAGUGGUGGGCAGGUGGGACAGCAUUGCGGGGGUUUUCCGCGUGGCCUCAAGGGGGCGACGGAGGGGGGGGGGGUGCUUGAGCCCGGGCCCGUUGCCGUCCGUGCCGACCGUCGCCGCGGGCUGGUUGGUGACCUCGUUCCUGGGCACACUUGGCCGAGGCCGGACAGCCGAGUCGUAACGCUGUCGCUGCUGUUGUCCUCUCCUUACAGCAGGUUCUUAGUUAUUUUAUGUUCAUGAUUGCGGUGUGUGGGUGUAAUUUGUGUGUAUCUCUUGUCUAUCAUUGGUGAGUAAUGAUUCCUCUCUCCCCGCAAGCGAAGUUGCCGCCCGUGUUUUUGAGCGUCGGCGUGUCUUCGCCGUUUGUCUUGAGCAGAGUUCUUUGACCCAGUCGUACAUUUUAUUCAUGGCGGUGAUUUGUGGUAGAAAAAAUCUGGAUAAAAUCCCCCUUAAAUUUAGGUCACAACGAUUUUACGGGAAAUUCCACGCAUGUUUAGACUCAGUUCUGGCCAAAUUAAUCAUCUUAUGAAAUAAAGAGGAUAUAUUCAAUGAAGGUAAACGAUCUGAAAACGUUGACACAAUAACAAUCCACAAGUUGUCACGCGAGAGCGCUGUGUGUCUCUCCGCUGUGUUUUCGGGUUGUUGAUCGGCACCAAACCCACGAUCACCAUCACCACCACCACCAUCACCGCCAUCAUCACCACCACCACCGCCAUCAUCACCACCACCACCGCCAUCAUCACCACCACCACCGCCAUCAUCACCACCACCACCGCCAUCAUCACCACCACCACCGCCAUCAUCACCACCACCACCGCCAUCAUCACCACCACCACCGCCAUCAUCACCACCACCACCGCCAUCAUCAUCACCACCACCGCCAUCACCACCGCCACCAUCACCACCGCCACCAUCACCACCGCCACCAUCACCACCGCCACCAUCACCACCACCACCAAUAACCACCACCACCGCCACCAUCACCGCCACCACCAACACCGCCACCAUCACCGCCAUCAUCACCGCUACCAUCACCGCCACCAUCGCCACUACCACCAUCGCCACCAUCACCACCACCACGUGGGGUGCCAUCGCUCCACGUGCUCAGCUAGGCUCGAUUGUAUAUCGCGAAGAAGCUUCCCAGCACGUGGAACGAAACGUCGGACCUAAGGUCCAACAACACGCGGAGCAACCCGAAUGUACAUCGGAGAGCUGAGACCUCGUUUCUGCCGUCACCUCUGGAAUUGCGCUGUCCGUGGAAUUUCCCCAACGCUCUGGACGUUAUUUUACUGCGACAAAGUGGAAUUAUCUCUCAUUGCGCCUUUAAUUAAUAAAUAACGUACAUCCCUUUGUCAAUCAAAUGGUGGAUGAAGGUCCUCUCCCCCAUGUUCGGCAUAGGUCAUUUAUUGGCCAUAGCUUCACCAUUCUGGUCAGUGCUAGUUGGUGAAGGAGAGAGGCCCAGAACUGGUUCACAGAUCACUCGCCACUGAUGUUAGCCGUGGCCAUGAAUCUACUGCGCUUACCUGCUUAUGAAGGUCAUUCCGUCUACUUGUCUUGAACUUUGAGAGGACCUGUACAGGUGUGUUCUGGAGUGUUCCAUAUGAAACAUAGGUAGCAGCCUUGGUCAAUACAAGCACCUUUGGUCGGGCAGUGCUGGCUCAUUGCCCCCAUUUGUGCCAAAGGUAACCAGGCCAUCAGUGUGAAGUGAUUCGAAUUUGCACGCGUGUCCGGUUUGUUUGUUUAAAAUUCGCACAGCGUCUGUUAUUCGUUACGUGUGGUUCUGUUUGGAUGCCUGCCAAAUCUCUCUUGGCAAAUGGGAUUGUGAAAUAUCGCCGCUCUUCUGGCUAACGUAAAGGUAAAGCAUAUUUUCGCUCCGAAAUUCAAAGAAGUCUUCGCAAACGGUCCUGCGUUUAUUUCGAAUCCCGCCUCUAGCCCUGAUUGGCACACGCGGCGAUGUUGCUGCUGCUGCUGCUGCGGAGAGAGAGGUCAAAUUAUUCCCGACAAUUAUCCUCGUUUGAAACCCCCGUCCACGUGAUUGUGUUCGGUUUAACCUCGGUUUUUUUUCCGUCUCGCUUCUCUCGUGUACAACAACAGAAUCAUCAUCAUCGUAACUGUCAGAAAUGACCCGACUGGAAUAAACACGAGCCCUCUGAA